GGCAAAGCUGUCUUCCGUGGGGAGCAUCUCCGAGGAGGAGACCUGCGAGAAACUGAAGGGCCUGAUCCAGCGCCAGGUGCAGAUGUGCAAGAGGAACCUGGAGGUGAUGGACUCAGUGCGGCGUGGGGCCCAGCUGGCCAUCGAGGAGUGCCAGUACCAGUUCCGCAACCGCCGCUGGAACUGCUCCACGCUGGACACCCUGCCCGUCUUUGGCAAGGUGGUAACACAAGGGACACGGGAAGCAGCAUUCGUCUAUGCCAUCUCUUCGGCAGGGGUAGCCUUCGCAGUGACCCGAGCCUGCAGCAGCGGCGAGCUGGACAAGUGUGGAUGUGACCGCACGGUGCAAGGGGGCAGCCCGCAGGGCUUCCAGUGGUCGGGCUGCUCCGAUAACAUCGCCUACGGCGUGGCCUUCUCGCAGUCCUUCGUCGAUGUCCGCGAGAGGAGCAAAGGGGCCUCUUCCAACAGAGCAUUAAUGAACCUCCACAACAACGAGGCAGGGAGGAAGGCCAUCCUGAACAACAUGCGGGUGGAGUGCAAGUGUCACGGCGUGUCAGGCUCGUGCGAGUUCAAGACGUGCUGGAAAGCCAUGCCCCCCUUCCGCAAAGUGGGCAACGUCCUGAAGGAGAAAUUCGACGGUGCCACGGAGGUUGAGCAGAGCGAGAUCGGAUCCACCAAAGUGCUGGUGCCCAAAAACUCCCAGUUCAAGCCGCACACGGACGAGGACCUCGUCUACCUGGACUCCAGUCCCGACUUCUGUGACCAUGACCUCAAGAACGGGGUUCUGGGCACCAGUGGGCGGCAGUGCAACAAGACCUCCAAGGCCAUCGAUGGCUGUGAGCUGAUGUGCUGCGGCCGGGGCUUUCAUACGGACGAAGUGGAGGUUGUGGAAAGAUGCAGCUGCAAAUUCCACUGGUGCUGCUCCGUCAAGUGCAAACCCUGUCAUCGGGUGGUGGAAAUCCAUACGUGCCGGUGAUGCAUGGAGGGAAGCGCCCAUCCCUCCCCUCUCUAACUGAUCCUGCUUCUCCCUUGCCCCACGGCCAGGACUGAGGAAGUAACCCAGAUGCUGCAGGGAGAGCGCAGCUCUUUACAGAGACAGACCCCCAGAGGAAAACAGAUUUUAAAGAAAAAAAAAUAUUUAAAGUUU